AUGGCUAUUGAUAUGAUCUCUGAGGCUCCAAGCUUAGCCACAAGUCCAAGAAUCUCUUUUUCCCAUAAUCUUUCUACUACUACUAAUACAAACAUACAUGACUACCCACAAGUCCAAGAACCUGGUUCUUCUAGUUCUGAAUUCGAUUUCUGUAUCAGUAAUACUACUGAUACAGAAACUUGUUCAGCAGAUGAACUCUUUUCUGAUGGCCUAAUCCGUCCAAUUCAACUUCAAGAAAAGUUUGUUACAUGUACAAAACAUGUCCAAAUAUCAAAAAACACUCAAACUUUAGCCAAUUCACUUCCACCCCUUUUGCCAAAUGAACAAAAUGAUCAAAACCCAAAGCAAGAAAUCAAAUCAAAACAACAAAAGAAUCAUUCUUUUUGGGGUCGAAGUAGUAGUGUUCAUUGUGUUAACACUAAGAAGAGCAGCUCAUUUUGGUCAUUGCCUUUAUUGUCACGUAGUAACUCAACUGGUUCAGUGCCAAAUUCCAAGAAACAAAAUACUCUGCAGUUAAAGCAAAUCAAGAAUCCAUCAUCAGCAUCAGCACCAGCUAAUUUUUACACAUUUCCAUCAUCACAAAAGCCACCAUUAAGGAGGAAUUAUGGAGCAGCAGGGCCAAAUUAUGGUAAUGGUAUUCGAAUUAGCCCAGUUCUUAAUGUUCCAUCACAAAAUCUUUUUGGAUUAGGCUCUUUGUUUCGUAAUGGGAAACAUAAAAAGACUAAGAAAUAA